GGGGAAUUUCUGUGGGGCAGCGCCGUGGGGCGAGCAGGAGGAGCGGCGUGGCGAUGCCACGGGCACGGCGCGGGACCCCCCCAGCGCCAGCGGCCGGCCGGGUUCCAGCCCCCGCCACUCUCUUUUUCUCGUUUUUAGGAGUCAGAGCGUGUAACCGCCCUUGCCCACCCGGCUGCGGAAUAGGAAAUUGCCCCCGCACAUGGUUCUGAGCUUUAGGGUGUCGGAGCUCCAAGUGCUCCUGGGCUUCGCCGGGAGGAACAAGAGCGGGAGGAAGCACGAGCUGCUGGCCAAGGCGCUGCAGCUGCUCCGCUCCGGCUGCAGCCCGGCCGUGCAGAUGAAGAUCAAGGAGCUGUACCGCCGCAGGUUCCCCAGGAAAGCCCUGGCCCCCUCCGACCUCCCCGUGCUCCACGUCCCCCCGGGGCAGCUCCCCGCGGCCGCCGCGCUGCCUCCGAGCGCCGCCUGCCCCCUGCCCUACGAGCGCGGCGCGGCGCCGCUGCCGGCGGCCCUGCUGCCCCCGCUGCCCGCGCUGGGACCCAAGCGCGAGGCGGACGCCCCGCACCUGGCGCCGCCGGCCCACCCGGUGCACCCCGACGUGACCAUGAGGAGGCUGCCCUUCUACGACGUCUACGACGAGCUGAUAAAGCCCACCACGCUCGCGUCCACGAGCAGCCAGCGCUUCGAGGAGGCGCACUUCACCUUCGCGCUCACCCCGCAGCAGGUCCAGCAGAUCCUCUCCUCACGAGACCUCCUGCCGGGUGCCAAGUGUGAUUACACCGUCCAGGUGCAAUUAAGGUUCUGCCUGUGCGAGACCAGCUGUCCCCAGGAGGAUUACUUCCCUCCCAAUUUGUUCGUCAAGGUCAACGGCAAGCUCUGCCCCCUGCCCGGCUACCUCCCGCCCACGAAGAACGGGGCCGAGCCGAAGCGCCCGAGCCGCCCCGUCAACAUCACGCCCCUGGCGCGGCUCUCGGCCACCGUCCCCAACACGAUCGUCGUCAACUGGUCCGCGGAGUUCGGCCGGCACUACUCGCUGUCGGUGUACCUGGUGAAGCAGCUGACGUCGGUGACCCUGCUGCAGAAGCUGCGCGCCAAGGGCAUCCGCAACCCCGACCACUCGCGAGCCCUGAUCAAGGAAAAGCUGACGGCCGACCCCGACAGCGAGAUAGCCACGACCAGCUUGCGCGUCUCCCUCAUGUGCCCGCUGGGCAAGAUGAGGCUGGUGGUGCCCUGCCGAGCCACCACCUGCACCCACCUGCAGUGCUUCGACGCGGCGCUGUACCUCCAGAUGAACGAGAAGAAGCCCACCUGGACCUGCCCCGUGUGCGACAAGAAGGCCCCAUACGACAACCUGAUCAUCGACGGGUUGUUCAUGGAAAUCCUGAACUCCUGCACAGACUGCGACGAGAUCCAGUUCAUGGAGGACGGCUCCUGGUGCCCCAUGAGGCCCAGGAAGGAGAGCCAGGAGGUGUGCCAGCCGGCUGCCUUCAGUGGGAUCGAGGCCGCCUCCGUGUACACGGUGAGCCCCGAGGGCAAGAACCCCGUGGAAGGCAGGAGGAAGGUGGAGGUCAUCGAUCUCACCCUGGACAGCUCGUCCGACGAGGAGGAGCCACCCACCAAGAAGCAGCGCCCGGCCUCCGGCGGGGCUCUGCCCGCAGCGCCCGGCCCCAAGGGGGUGCUCAGCGUUGACCCCCGGCCGUCCUCCGUGCUCCGCAGCCCCCCCGCGGCCGCGCUCGGCAGCGACUACCUCCCCGGCCUCCCCGGCCACGAGUACCGCACGUCCUACCCAGCGCCGGCGGAGCUGCAAGGUCUGGAUUUGUUUUCCUUCCUUCAAAGUGAAAAUCAGCACUACAGCCCCUCCGUCAUCACCUCCCUGGACGAGCAGGACGCUCUCAGCCACUUCUUCCAGUACCGAGGCGCCUCCGGCCACUUCAUCAACAUGAGUCCCCUGGGCCCCGUGAUGGGGACGCCCCACGGCGCCGGCAGCCCGGCCGCCGGCCGCAUCAGCAGCAUCGUCUCCGCCGGUGCGCUGCGCGAGAGCCAUGGGCACGGCGGCACCGUGGGCGGCAGCGCCGCGCUCCCGGGCUGCCGGCCAGACAUCAUCUCCCUGGACUGACCCGCGCCGUGGCCGCCGUUCCUCUGCCGGGGCCGGGAGGCGAGGGCAGGCUUCCAGGAGCUGCCUUGGGGCUGGACGGACCCCACCACGCGCCCCGCUGGGGCUGCGGCUCCUCCCCAGUGCCCCCAGGGCUCGUGCCGGGGGCUGCCGGCGUGCCCGGUCCACGGCUGUAGCUGUGUGCACACUCCUUAGCACGCCGGGGGCUGGGGAGCACCCCUGGCCGGAGGUUAGCUGCCCCCCUGCCUUUAAGGAGGUGUUUUAAGGCCGUUUAUAUCCUGUAGGGUCCUGCUCCGUAGAGCUGGGGGUGAUGGCUCGCCUGUCCUCGCCCCGCUGGCCGCGAGCGCUGCAGCGUGUCCUGCCCUGCCCCGGCUGCGCCUCCGGCCCUGCUCCCCCCCGGUCCUGGAAGCAAAUCGAGCUCCUGCCGGGUGGAAGGAGGAGGAAGCAGGGGGGAGAAGCUCACCGCUGAGACGUAGCAGCCGUGGGGCUGAGCCACUGAGGGUUUGACGAAGGAACAGCCUGGGGGG